CGGGUUCCAAAGGGUAACGCACAACCCGGAAGCGCCUGGAGUUUUGACGUUCUGAUUGACAGCUCUCGCGCCCGCUCCUCCUGGAGGCUGUUAAAACUGGCGGGCAACAUGGCACCCUGAUCCCUCAGUCAUUGUCCAGCACUCAUUAAUUGCUACAUCACACCAGCAUUCACCUCAUGGCUUCAUGGCUGAAACAGGAGCUGCUGGACUCACACUCAGUGGGUUUAUAUGGCCAAACCAGAAUUUGAACCCUGGUCUCCAGAGUCAUAGUCUAACCCUCAAACCACUACAACACACUAGGUCCUUCAGUUGGAAGAAUGGCCCGUGUCUUUGUCUAUGGCACCCUUAAGAAAGGCCAGCCGAACUACUCGUACAUGAUCAACAGUGCCAAUGGGACAGCCCGGUUCCAGGGUAGGGGGCUCACGAUGGAGAAAUAUCCCCUGGUGAUUGCAGGAAAAUAUAACAUUCCUUAUUUGUUGCAUAAGCCAGGAACAGGGCACCGUGUCACUGGAGAAAUCUAUAGCGUUGAUGAUCAGAUGCUGCAAUUCCUUGAUGAGUUUGAAGGUUGCCCAAAUGUGUAUCAGCGCACUCCAAUGAGAAUUGAAGUAGUUGCAUGGGAAGGUAAAAGCAUUGCAUCUGAAGAAAGACCAGCUGUUAACAGCGUCCUGGAAUGCCAUGUGUACAGCACCAGUACCUACCAGCCAGAGUGGAUCAAUCUCCCUUACUAUGACAAUUAUGAUUCCUUUGGGGACCAUAAACUUGAGUAUGUGCUUCGGGAGAGAAGAGAUUAAAACUGGAAAGCAAAACGGUCCUUCAAAAGAUAGCAUGAAGAUAUUUGGGGGGGGAGGGGCUAAAUCAAAUCACCAAUACUUUUUACAGGUGUACUAAAUACUUCUUUUAUUCAUUUCAAACAGUAGUUGACUGUUUGCAUACUUUAACUUGCCUAGUCAUUCAAGGUGAACAAUGAUUAAGAUGCCUUCAGUUCUCUUCUUGUACUUUUCCACUGAAAUAUGUUUAUCAAAUACAUGUUUUUCUUUCCACGCAA